AUGACUGCGACAUCUAGCUCAUCAACGCCUACAACAGUCAGAGCACGCGCCGAAAGCGAGGAGCGUAUGAGCUUUGUGUUAUAUGUUCAGACCUCGACCACACUCUCGACCUCGCUGUCAUUCAUCUUGUAUCCUCCUCCCACAUCGUUCACAACAUUGAAGCCUUCGAACUCUACAAACUCUACGCCAGGAUCUACGCUCACUCCCACUCCUCUGAACUCGACAACUUCGCCACAACCUACCACCGUCCCUGAGGGAAAGCCCAAGCCAAAAGAGACAUGGACGCUCAACAUCGAAAGCGGAAGCAAGGGCAUAAACAUCGGAACCUGGUCUCUCGACGAGACAUACUACGGCCUCCGCAACGGCCUCCGCGAACGCUGCGGCGACCCCGUCCUGCCCCCGAUAACGCCGCGCAAAAAAGCCAAACAAGCCGCGCCCGCGCCCGCGCCCACCAAGCAAUGGGGCUCCAACACCUGCAGCUCCGAAGCCUCGCUCUUCAACCGCGAAUACUCGACCUCUGGCGGCGAGCAAUUCUGGGCCGAGAAAGUCGUGCACGUGAGAAUCGCAUCCAGCUUCAUCCCCGCGUCGUACGGGCUCAAUCUGCAGAACAUCUUCAUCGAGCAGGUGGUGGAUAUCUACAGGCUGGCGGUGGUGGACGGCAAGAAUUGCUUGCAGUUUGACUCCAAGACGACGUCGUGUCCUGCGUGCAUCGCGUUGAUGUGUACGCAGAAGAUGCCGGGCAAGGACCUGGGCGUGGGUGUCAAUAAGAAGACGAGGAUCAGGCGCUGGUGUAAUGUGCCGGAUUAUGUGCGUGUUGCGCUGACUGAUGCGGGGGGGAAGGAGCAGGCGCAUAUGAAGGUCGAGGUGCAGUUCGUCUGUCCGAAAGAAAAGGACCAACUUUUUCCGAAGGGGUGUAUCAAGGACAUGGGCAGGUUUGAUUGCGUGGCUGUGAUGGGUGCGGUGAGUGGGGAGGCCAGAGGGAAUGGGACGAGGGGUGCGAUGCUGAAGAAGGCAACGGAUGGGAAGGAUGUCGAUGUCGUCGCUGACUGCCCGGAUAAGGAAGUCACGGGGACGUGUCCAAACAAAGGCGCAGAAUGCAUGUACAAGAUCGGUGGAUGUUUCAGAGGGCUUCUGAAAAACUAUUGA